GGAACGUUGUGGAAAAGGGAGUUGGGGGGAGGAGGUAAAAACACGCUAAAAAUAUAAGAAAUGAAGUCACAAGCUGCUGGCUAGUAAAAAACAGUACCUCAGCUAGAAGCAGAAGUUUCGAGUUUUGCGAAAUCCGUGCGUGGUGCCCCAAACGCAUUGUUGCUGGUCGACGGUCCUCGGACAGGGAAAGCGAGUUUUCUUGUUUACUACUCGGCCCAAGAAGGGUGAAUUCUGCUAGAACAUUCGUAGCUGACCCGCGGAAACACAAAGAUGAGUAAAGACGGACCGCCACCGUACGGGUUCGUGCUGCCUCAGUCAGCACCACCGAGCUAUGCCCAGGCAGUAGGAGGUGUCCCACCUUCCGCGCCCUUCACGCCACAGGCACCGGUACUGACCGGGGCGCAGAUUGUGACCACGGUGGUACCGAUAGGGCCCCAGUCGACGCACAUGAUAUGCCCUAGCUGCCAUGCGGAGGUUAACACACAAACAACCACUUCUCCGGGAAUGAUUGCUUACGUUUCGGGCUUUUUGAUUGCGCUCGUUGGGUGCUGGCUCGGUUGCUGCCUAAUACCAUGCUGCAUUGACGAAUGUAUGGACGUACACCAUACUUGUCCUCAUUGUAAGGCCUAUCUAGGACGACAUCGCCGAUAAAUAAUGGAUAAACUAAUGAUCGGGCGGUACGCGUUGACGAUUGCGAACAGCAGCGAAGAAGCCUACAAGCCAUCUAGCAGUUCCAUGAUCCGUGCAUCCGUGCUUUACCGCUGGAUGCCCCCCUUCGGAAGCGCGUACCAUAGCGUGCGUGCGUGUGUGUGUGCUUAACUCGAUUCCAACAUUCAUCUUAUCCCUUCCGUGUCGAAACUGUCAGUGUUCUCGUUUUUAGCCUGCCCUCCCUCUAGAAGUACCACUACGUGAUUUUACAUCCACUGCAUCUGCUAUGCGGCCAACUGCAAUGGCUUGGCACCGUCCGCUGAAAAGUCGAUAGAGUUAUAACCGCGCGGGGAUAGCCAGCGAGGAAUCGAAUCUCCUGCCACACCCUCAUGCUUGGUAGUUACAGUUUGAAUGUACUAUUCACCGGGUUUGGUGACCAAUAGUAUCGAAAAGAAGUAUCCAGAAGAACAAGAUGGUGCAACGAGCUCCUUUUACGUGUGCGUAACGAAAGUAACAUAUUAGAUUGUGUUAAAGUUUUAAACAAACAUACAGAACGAACCUAUUCGUGGAACGAUGCUAAUAGCGUAACUGAUUAUCUCCCCAGACUCCGGCUUACAUUGUAUACACAUUUUUAUGUAUCUCCGUAUCGUAUAUCGUUUUGGUUAUAGUUUAUAGAGAAAAAGGCCAUUUUCCCACUCU